CACUUCGUUAAAGUGUUCACUCUUUUGUCAUAUUUCUUUGGUUUCUCAUCGCACGGUGUUUAACAUUUUAAGUGAAAUUUAAGAUCGAAAACUUUUGAGUUUUAAGUUCAAGAGCAAAAUCUGCUGAAACAUGAAACUGUUUAAAAGGAAAGCCUUUUUCUUUGCAAUCUUAAUCGUUGUGCUCAGCUUGUGUGCUGAAGAAACAGAAGCGAGACGUAAAAUUUUGCGUGGACGUCGUACAGUCACCCGAAGCACCCGUCCACUUCCAAUUCCUGCCUGGGCAAUAAUUUGUAUUAUUGCCUUGUGUAAUCUUGUCAUCGGUGGGAUAUUAUACUUUGUCAUGAAAAAAGUCAUAGUAGAUGUUCCAAUAGAAAACGUCAACAGUUACACGCCCGCACAAAUGGAUGACGAGCCAUAAGCACAAAUAUUUUUUCCACAACGAAGAUUAAUAAACUGUCAUUCAUCAGCGUCGAUAUAAUAAUUCUAUUUAGCAUAAAAGUUUGGUUUUAUUAACAUUUAAGUUUCAACGUACCUAACAUAAGUUUGUGUGUGAAAAUUCAAUUUUGUUUAUUGCAUGAAGUAAAACGAUUUUCCUCAUAAUUCUGAAAAGUAAAUAUUUUUGCAUUUGCUUUCACAUAAAAAAGAAAUUUAAAAUCAGAAAAAUAUUUAUUAUUUUGUAUUUGAAUAAAAAAUUAUACCAACGAAAGUAAACAAAGCAUGCUUUUAAUUUCACAAUUUGUUUCUGUAUUUAUUUUUAAGUUCAGCAUUCUUCCAUUUUUUCUGUUUUUAAUUUUAUAAUAACGAGUCACGUCUCAUGACAGUCAUAAAAAAGUUUAUUUACGAAUAUCGAUGGAAAGAAAAGAGAAUUUUACAAUCCCACGUCAAAGCUCACCAAAACAUGAUCAAUAACGAAAUAUGAGAGAGCAACAGUCCAACAACAACCAUCACGAUUCGUUGCAGGAAUAUUACCU